CUUCAGAGUACAGAGACAGAUCUUGCCGAUAACAACUCGCAAAGUAGCUGUGAUUUUUGAGUGGCUUUGAUAAGUCAGAACAAUCAUGAUGAGUUUACCGGACAGCGACACGGAGAGCACUGUGUCCAGCCAAACCAGACCUACCACUGCAACCACUCCUAAAACACAUCAUCAGCUCUUUCCCUUCGCCUACCCACCUUCCAAGUCGACAUCUUGUAUCCGAUUCACCUCGCGUCUCCUCGUCCAAAUCCAACAACUCAUCUCCUCUUCGCGGGCCCUCCCCAUACUCGAGAUCUACCGGCCCUCCAGCUUUAGCAAGUCUAUCCCAGGCUGUCCUAACAAACUGCACGGCCAAGACCUCUACGUUGUACAAAGCGACUCCUAUCAGAAAAGCCCCGCUACGUCUUUGACUUCCAACAACAAGAACAAUGCCGACAAUCCAGUGGUAGGAGUGAUAUACACCAACUACAACCACCCCUGCAGCAACACUAGCGCCGGCGCGACUACUAGCAGCAGCUCCACCGACACCAAAUCCCAACAACCCUCAUCAUCAUCAUCAUCAUUAGCAACAACACCAUCAUCCAUCAACAACGCAAUCCACCUCCCUCAAUUCCAAAUCACCUUCCUCGCCUCCCGCACCGCCCGCGGCGGUUACAUCUUCCAACUCCUCCCCACAUCAUCACCAUCAACGUCAACCUCAUCGACAUCCACCCGACUCACCCUCGAACUCGCCAAGAAAAAGCCCAAGCGCAAACCCCCGCCAAGAUCCCCUGACACCGAUCGGUCCUCGGCGUCUAACAGCCCCGACGGCGACGAAGACAAGAACAAAAACAACGGCAACAAGGCGCCGUCGGAUCACAAAGCACCAGAAGAACCGGCGAGUUUCCUACUCGGCAUCCGAGGCAGUGUCGAUCCCACUACAACCCCAGAAUCCACACCACCGCGCUCCCGCCCGUGGCUGGCCGGUGUAUCGCACAAGGGCAUUAAGGUUCUUCUCGGUGGGGAGCAGCAGGAGCAGCAGCGGCAUCGACUGCUGGCCGAGGUUGGAGCAGACUCCAGCGCCGGAGCUGGCACAGAUGUCCUCUACACGAUUGUUUUGAUGUUGGGGGUUUAUGCUGGUCGGAUGGAGGGGUGGUUUUGAUUUUUUUUUUCUUUCGUUCUUUCGCUUUUUGAAAAAAAUUUCAGGUCGUCUUCACAUACUUUCUGGGAUGUAUGGUGAAUUUACUUCAGUUAACUAACUACUUAGCUUGGUGUUUUUGUCAGGAUUAGCAAUCUCAGGGAAAGAGG